AACCUGCUGUAAAAAUGUCAGCGUCUGAUCGUCGGUGAAGCAAUUAAUGGCGAAUCUAUAGUCACGGAGAAUGUAAAUAAUGAUUAGUGUAACAGAAAAUUUGUGAAGAAAUAGUAUAAAAAUACGUUGCAAUUACUUUUUAAUUGAACAAACAUGGGUCGCCGUUCGAUAAAUACCACGAAAAGUGGGAAGUAUAUGAAUCCCACGGACCAAGCACGUAAGGAAGCACGUAAGAAGGAAUUAAAGAAAAAUAAAAAGCAAAGACAGUUAGUCAGAGCAGCUGUUUUAAAGGGUAAAGAUCCUGCUCAGAUCAUCGAAGAAAUGGAAAAAAUAGAUCAAAUGGAAUACAAUGUCAUGCAACCACCGCCUCUCAAUGAGAAAGUGUUGAAAGAUAAAAGGAAAAAGCUAAAGGAGACCCUAGAUCGUGUUUUAAAAAUGUAUGCAAAAGAUGAUCAAGAGAAAUGGUCUGAAUUAAAAGAACAAUUGAUACAAUAUGAACGUAGAAGAAUAGACUUAGUUUCUUAUUUUGAAGCUGUGCGACAUGCACAACAAGUACAAGUCGAUGAAAUUCCUUUACCUUCUGCUGGUAAUGACAUAUCCAGAAUGUAUUCAGGUUCCUUGACAUCGCAAAUACCAUUGCCAGAUAUGCCGCAACCACCAGCACACAUGUAUCCCCCUCAUCCACAUUACAUACCACAUCACCCUCUUAUGAAUAUACCAAUACCGCCAAGCAUUUUGAAAAAAACAAGUGCAUAUGCAACAUCCCCCUCUAUACCUACAUUAGCACCUAAUAAAGAACCACCUGGUGUACCACCCUUUCCUCCCCCCGAUUUAUCGAGUGACGAUGAAGAUGUAUCGGAAAAGGUAAAAGAACCAACACCAAAAUCAAGGACAAUCCGAUUUGCGGAUGAUAAAGAAGACAAGCAAGAAUCAGACAAUAAAGAGAAAGAAACGGAUAAAGAAAAGGAAAGGGACAUGUCGAAAGUAAAGCCAACUACUUUGCAGCAAAAAAUGUUGGCGAUGGCAGGACAAGAUAUCGAUCAAUUUAUGCGUGAAAUGGAAGUCGUCCAUAAAAAACGUGAAACUGAACGAGCUCAAGACUUGAACGCUCGAUUAUCGUUGCUUGAGGCAGAAAAUGAUUCUAAUUCAAAAUCCAGUAAUAAAUCUAAUAAUAAUAAAGCAGAGGAAGAAGAUCUCGAACCCCCAGGAGCAUCAGAUCACUCUUCCAAUCACAAUCAGCAUGCAUCAUCGCAUUCUCAUUCUCACACACAACCUCAUACAAUGCCUCCUAUGGGGCUGCCUCCACAUCCUUUAAUGUACAGACCACCACCACCACCAUUACAUUUGAGAAUGCCUCCUCCACCACCACCUCGCAUUGGACUUCGGUUGCCUCCUGGUCCACCACCAGGAAUGCCAAGGAUGUUAAGGCCUGGACCACCAAGCAUGCCUAGAAUGCCUCCACCACAAAUGCAAAUGCCAAAUCUAUCAAAUAUGACAAAUAUAGGAAAUCCUCAAAUGCAGACGCAAUCCGGAACAGGGUCACAGCCUAAGACACCCAAUGUUCUUUCUGCUGCGCCACAAUUGAUUAAUAGAAAAGACAAAGAUGGCAAAAGUACUACAACUAUCGAAGCAAAACCUCAAAUUAGAAAUUUAGCUGCCGAUGUUACAAGAUUUUUACCUACUUCGCUUCGCGUGAAAAGGGACGAUAAGAAGAAACCAAGUAUUUUGUCUAGACUUACAGAGAGAAUACCAGAAGCACAACCGUUACGAACUCCUCAACCUAAAACUAAAGAUGACGCAUAUAUGCAAUUUAUGCAAGAAAUGGAAGGAUUCUUACAAUUAGUACGAAUGCCAGCAAGAAACCAAAAUAACCAAAAUGUAGGAUAUCAAGGACAAAACGCCACUGCUUCCGAGUACAUAUACGAUGCUAGACCUUGGUGGGAUAGCACUACCGUAGAGGUUCCUUGUGUAGCGGCGACCCACCCUAUUUUUUUGCAGUACAACCAGCAAGGAGGCUUUCAAGGGUCGCAACCCCCUCCUAAUCAGCAGAGCAAUUAUAAGUCAGGUGGUGCACCAAAUUCACAACCAUUUAAGCCACAAACACCGCAACAACCCCAAAUGCAACAAAUGGCACCAAGAAAUUUGCAGCAAGGGAAACCUCCACAGCAGCAACAGCAACCACCACCACCACAGCAGCAAAUGAAACAACAGCAAUCUGUACCAAGUUCACCUCAAAUUCAACCUCCUCCUCAGUCUCAACCUCCACCUUUACCUCUAUCUCAGCCUCAAAAUCAACCUCAAGCUCAGCUUCAGUCUCAAGCUCCACCUCAACCUCAACGAUUGAAGCCAAUUUUGAAACAAACUUCCCACACUCAGCAACAAGCAGCACCAGCUGUGCAAAGUACACCUACUCCGCCUUCUCAACCGACAGUUCCUACUCCGUCGCUUCCUCCAACAACUAACAAUAUCCCUACACCACCAGUAACUAAUAAUACUACUGAAGCAAAAAAUGAUAGUGAAAUAUCUGACAUUAUUGAAAUGGAAAUACAAGAACAGCAACCAAGAUGGAGGCGUAAGGCACCUGGAUUUAGGGUAAAUAAGAGAUUGAAACGACUUCGUUUGAACCAACGCUUAAGGAAGACUUUACAACCAAAGAAUGCAAUCAUGGUACUAAAUGAAAUGAAGGCUGGAGUACAAUUUACAUUUCCUGAAACACAAGGAAUGCCAAACUCUCUUUAUCUUGUUCAUGCAGAGCUUGAUGGUAAAACUUAUGUUGGACAAGGGUUGUCUAAGCCACUUGCUCGACAAAAUGCUGCUGAAAAUGCAUUGAAAGCCUUACUGCUUGAAAAAAUGACGGCAGCGUCAUUGAAAGCACGUAUUGAUGCCGAAACAGAUGGACAAACAAAUCAACCUACAGAAACAGCUCCUGUUCCAUUGAAAGAAGAACCUAGCGAAGAAGGUGUAACACCAAUGGAUACUAGUCCUGAAGAAAGUGAUGAAAUUCCAUGGAGUUCUUUGGCUAGUUUCGCAUUGUAUAAACUCUUCCUUGAAUGGCACAAUCAAGGAACAUCGGUUCCUGUCCCAAGGCCAGGAUUACCAUCACCUAUUAAGGGAAUUAAAAAAGAGAUCUCUGCUCAGGCUCCAAAAGUUCCAGUCCAAAAAGAACUUCCCCCAAAUGCUACAAACAUACAUCCUGUUAUGUUAUUGAAUCAAAUGAGACCAGGUUUAACAUAUGUAGAGCUAAAUCGUGUUGGUAAUCCUCCUAACACAAUGUUCACUCUUGCUGUAGAAAUUGAUGGCGUUGAAUAUACUGGAACAGCAAGAAAUAAAAAGGAUGCCAAGAAGAUAGCAGCAAAAUGUGCACUUUUGGCCUUAUAUGAUUUAUGCUACCCAGAUGAUAAAGUAACAAUUGAAGAUCAACCAAUGGCUUAAAUAUCCACAACAAUAUACAAACAUAAUUAACGUUUGUAAUCACGAAAAUUGUAAUACUAUAACAUGAAUAUAUGUUUCAAUUUUAUUACUUCAAUUCAUAAUUAUAUGAAUUACUGCAUAUCGCGGUAAUGAUUCUAAAAAUUGUACAUCUUGCAAUAAUUAUAUAAGAAUUUCCCAACUUAUAUUUAUAAACAUAUAGAAUUCAUCUGUAUGUACACAAUUAUGUAUGCUACUUAAAUAUCUGUUAUAUUAUGAAAGGCAUACAAAAGUAUUCUUUCAAACAAAAUGAAUUCGUUCAAUGUUAUGAUAUAAAUAGACAAUUUCCUAAAUAAUAUGACACAGAUAUCCUAUCAAAAUAAUCAUUGUAUUUCUUUUAUUGAAACAAUGUAUGUUUUUAUAUAUGUAUUUCAUUUGUAUCUACAAUAAAGUGACAUCUUAGUAUUGACCAUUAUA